AAAAGAAAACAGAAACAGUCUUUAUUUUUUAAUCAUGGCUGGCGUGGGUAAUUUAGAAAAUGAAGCUUUAAAAAGAAAAGAGAGAUUGAAAGCUCUUAGGCAAAGAAAAAAACAAAAGGAAUCUGGAGAUUCUGAGAAUGCCGAGGAAGAUACAUUAGAGAAGGAAAAACUACCGAAGCCAAUAUUUAGAAGUUACAAACCACAGAGUGAAGAGCUACGGGACGGCGCAUUACCAAGAAUAAAACCUCUUAGUGUAUCAGAAAAUGUGAAAGAUCAAUUGGAAUCAUCUAAAACUGAACAUCAUAUUGAUGAAGUGGAUUUAACCAACCUUGCUCCAAGAAAACCUGAUUGGGAUUUAAAAAGAGAUGUAACUAAAAAAUUAGAAAAACUUGAAAGAAGAACACAAAGGGCCAUUGCAGAAUUAAUAAGAGAAAGGUUAAAAGCUAGCCGAGAAGAUUUUGCAAGUGUUAUUAAUGCAGGAACAGCAAUGAGAUCUCAAGAGGAUGAUGAAGACUAGUGUUAUUAAGUGCUCACUUUAUUUAUAGAAACAAUUCGACUAAGAAUAGAGAUAAAACAAUUCGCAUGUAACAUGGAUCCUCAUGUAAAUAUCAUACUCAGCACUAUUGUAAAUAUAUUCAUACAUACUCGGUAUAAUAAAAGUGAGGUAGUUGAUACUUCACAUAUUUCAACUUA